AUGGCGACAACGAUUACGAAGAACGAGAAUGUUGUUAAGGUUAAAGCCGAAGGUGACGGAGUUGAAGAACAAAAUGAGGUUUCUAAAUCUGAAGCAGAGCCGAAGGAGGGUGUUCAGAAGAAGAGAGGUAGGAAAAGAGGUCGGAAAGUGAACAACGGGAACACUUGUAAUGCUAUUAAAUCUCAAGAGAAGAGUUAUAAACCGCGUGGUCGUCCGAAACAGGCUGUUACUAUAAAGGAGGAAAUGACGACGACGAUGUUCCCAGAAGAAGCUAUGGUUGAUGCUGAAACUGCUCUUGCUACUCCUGAUCGAGUGGGAAACGACAACAGCGAAGCAAUAAACAGCAAAGAGGGCACAAACGAGAAUGGAGGAAACCUAAUUAAAGUAGAGCCAAACACGUGCCAUCAAUGCCAAAAUAACCAUAAGCGAAGAGUUGUUCGGUGCCAGCGAUGCACUAGAAGGCGUUACUGUGUGCCUUGCAUUAAAAAAUGGUACCCUAACAUGACAGAGGAAAUGUUUGCUGAGUGUUGCCCUGUUUGCCAAGGCAACUGCAACUCUAUAAAAUGCUUGCGAAAUGUGAACAAUAAAGUCAAAGAGAAGAUUGAUUUCAAACCUAAUGAUGAUCAGAAAGUUCGAUAUUCUAUUUACAUCCUGCAUGUGCUUUUUCCGUUCUUGAAGCAUGUAAAUGAGCAGCACAUGAAAGAGAUAGCAAUAGAGUCUAGAAUUCAAGGAUCUUCUAUAUCGGAGGUACAGUUGAAGAAGGUAGAGUGCAGCUUGGAUAAGCAAAUGCACUGUGACUGCUGUAAAACAUCAAUUUUUGACUUGCAUAGAAGCUGCCCUUCUUGUCAUUAUAACCUUUGCCUUCAAUGUUGCUGGGAAUUGCGAGAUGGCAACCCUCAAGGAAACAAAGAAGGAGUUAUCAUUGAACCUAAAGAUCCAGGGCCUGAGUACUUACAUGGCAUCCCUAAGGGAUUCAGGAAAGCAUGGAAAAAGACAUGUUAUGUUGAGAAGGCUGCUGAAGAUCCUGCACCGAAGGAAAAGCAAACUCAUGACUGGAAUUCUUUGGUUGAUGGCAGAAUUCUUUGCCCUCCAAAAAGUAUGGGUGGUUGUGGUCGUGGGAUUUUAGAGUUGAUGCACAUAAAGUCACUUGACAGUGUUUCAAAAUUGUUGGAAAAAACACAAAAGCUCUUAAAGAUGCACAAACUGGAGGAAGAUAUGAGGGAUAUGCCUGAGAAAUGGUGCACAUGUUCUUCAGAUGGUGGUGAUGAGCAGCUACGAAAAGCUGCAUCUCGUGAAAAUUCCAGUGACAAUUACUUGUAUUGUCCACGUGCAAAGGACAUUAAAGCUGGAGAUUUGAAGCAUUUUCAGUGGCAUUGGUCAAAAGGGGAGCCAGUAAUAGUCAGCAAUGUUCUAGAAACUACACUUGGGUUGAGCUGGGAACCCAUGGUCAUGUGGCGUGCUUUUCGCUGGGCUUCAAACUCCAAAGAAAACAAGCUCUCAGAUGAGGCUGCUAUUAACUGUUUGGAUUGGUGUGAGGUUGAUGUUAAUCUUCAAAAGUUUUUUACUUGGUAUACGGACGGUAUAUAUGACACUGAAGGGUGGCCUCAGAUCCUAAAGCUGAAAGACUGGCCUCCAUCAAAUUCAUUUGAAGAACGGUUCCCACGUCAUGGUGUUGAAUUCAUCACUUCCUUGCCCUUCAAAGAAUAUACACAUCCUCGUGAUGGAUACCUUAAUCUUGCUGUCAAGUUACCUGAAAAAUCUUUGAAGCCACACAUGGGUCCUAAAACUUAUAUAGCUUAUGGUGUUUCUGAAGAAUUGGGACGUGGAGACUCUGUAACUAAACUUCAUUGUCACAAGUCUGAUGUGGUGAAUGUGCUGACUCAUACUGCAACUGUGACCCUCGACUCUGAACAUUGUAAAAGGAUAAAUGUAUUGAAAAAGCUGCACAAGGCUCAGGAUCAGAAGGAACUUUAUGUUGAUAACACGAAAGAUGCUACUUCCAACCAAGUUGUUGGGUUGAAGAAACAAGAAGGGCAUAAAACUACUAGUAAUCAAUCAGACCAAUAUUUAUUGAAGGAGGAAAGUUGUGAAGGAGUUGAGUUUAACAUUGAUAAAAAAGAUAAGAAGAGAAAGGAUUCAAUGAAAGGGGUUGUGGGAGUGGGGCCAGAUGGAAAUAAACGAAAGAAAAAGAAGGGCAGGAAACAAGUGGUAUCUUCUGAUAGUGAAGAAGUUGAUAAGCAGGAUGAUAUUUCAGGUAGUUGUGUGGAUGGAUUUGAUUUGGGAGAUGGAGGUGCUCUGUGGGACAUAUUUAGGAGGGAAGAUACUCCUAAACUCCAGGAAUAUCUCAAAAAACACUUUAAAGAGUUUAGACAUGUCUUUUGUCGACCAGUGGAGCAGGUUAUACACCCAAUUCAUGAUCAAACAUUUUACUUAACCAUGGACCAUAAAAGGAAGCUCAAGGAAGAGUUUGGAAUUGAAGCAUGGAGUUUUGUCCAAAAGCUUGGAGAUGCUGUCUUUAUACCUGCUGGAUGUGCCCAUCAAGUUAGAAAUUUAAAGUCAUGUAUAAAAGUUGCAUUGGAGUUUGUUUCUCCUGAAAAUGUUGGUGAAUGCAUCCGAUUGACAGAAGAUUUCCGUGUUCUUCCCCAAAAUCAUAAGGCAAAAGAAGAUAAGUUGGGGGUGAAGAAAAUGGCACUUCAUGCAGUGGAGGCAGCUGUGAAGGACUUGGAAAAAUUUGUUCCAAGGAAGUCUGAUAAUCUUGAAAACUACCAAGUUGAAGUUCCAGUCACUGAAAAUCUCCAAACCUUGCAAAAGGAUGUGGGUUUACAAAUAGAUCUUGAAUAUGAAGAAAAUGAAAGUGGUGGUGGCAAUGGCAUCAUAAAAACAUCAAGGACUAGUGAAGAAGGGGACUGUAGUGGUAGCUUAGCAUGUAAAAAUGCAUGUGAAAAGAAAGGGAAAGGAAAAGAUAAGGAAUCAUCACAGUCUUGUUCAUCUCUUGAUGAAUUUGUUGCACAGCUUGGUGCAAUUAGGGUUACCAGAGACAAUGAAGUUGAACUCAUGAAAAAAAGACUUGACUUUGAACAAAAAAGGGACCUCAAAAAGGAAGAAUGGAACACUAAGAAGAUGUAUCACAUGCAUCUCAACACACUAUUUGCUAAAAACCACCUGUUGCCGGAAGAUGAACACAUUAAGCGUCAUCUCUUAGCCAUGUUGUAUGGCAUGUGA